AAUUCAGUGUCCAAAAAUGCUUCUGUAAUAAAGACAAAAAAAUAACCAGCAUGAAAUUGACAUCUGUCUGGGUCACGUGACACCUUUGUUGCCAGGCAGACUUCGAGGAGCACCAUUAAGGUGUGCCCAAUGAGCCAUACGCUAAAAGACACGCCCACUUUGUUUAUGACAACUAGGGGGCGCCAGAGUACUAGCAAAACCCGGAAGUAACACAUUGUUUUUUAAAGUCAUCUUCUGUUUAAAAUGCGAAAUAGAAAGUAGGAAAAACAGCGGCAUGUGUUGUUUACAUAACGAGGACAACUUCAUUGCCAUAAACAUAACAUAUUUGUAGGGGGAGGUCUUGUGUCAACAGGAGGAGGACUCUUCCAGAAGGCUCACCUCACCUGCUCACACACGAGUGGACGAGGCGGAUGGAGACGACAUUCUUCGUCUUAAAAGUCCUAAAAAAAAAGUCUCACUACAGCGGGAUUGAAGCCACAAAAACGUGACAGCGAUAUCAGCUGACUCCUUCCGUGGGCAAGAUGGCGGAAGACCGACUAAAUAGAGCUGAGGGGACCGACAAUGGUGGUCUUUGUCCUGUUGAAGGAGUUGGCGAGGAGCUGACAGGGCAGGAGACGGUUCCGGUGGACACUUCACAGGUUUUUGAAGAGCAUCCAGUCAUCUGUGAUGAUGAUGAAGAAGAAGAGCAGCCCUGGUCUUCAUGUGUAAACCGGGCUCACAUGCAGUCCCAGGGUGUCCAGUUCUCCCAGAAUGCAACGGUGCCUCCACCUUCCAUGAACGGCUGCAGCAGCGACGUGACACAGGUCGGCGAUGUGGACCCUGAGUGCGGCAUCAGCGGCGUGACGAGUGACAGCACCGAGACCGACGCCGCCGCCGUUUCGGACGCGGAUGACCUCCUGGUUGCCACGGAUACGCCGCCACCGCCGCUCGCCAUGGACCCUCUCAUGGACGCCUCCAUCCUCAGUCCCAGCCACGUGUCCCUGGAGCUGGACAGCGAGGACGACGGCGCAGAGAGAACUAGCCCCGCCCCCGACCUUGGUUGCACUCGCAGCCUCUCCGCCUCCUCGGCGCCUGACCCCGCCUCCAAAGUAACAAACGUCCGGCUGCGCUCCUAUUCAUACUCCAAAGUCGGCCUGCGUCCUUCUCGCUUCGUCCAGGAUGGACACGCUUGCAGCGCGGAUGUGCCAUCUCACGGCGUCAGCCACAGUCGAUCUCUCCUUCAGGCCCUCUCUCUGUCUAAGUCUCUGUCCCUGCUGCACCCUGCUAAGCAAAAAGCCUCAGAGCAGCCGCAUGAGAAAAGGGAGUUUAGUUUCCGCCACGGAGCCCAGUCGGACGAGGGCGAGACGGCGCUGGUGGAGACGCUCCAGCAUCUCACCCUGUCUGAGUUCCUCAAAGAGAUUGAAGAGGAGGAGCAGGACCGGUGCAGCGUGCCGGCCAAAGCAGAGUCGGAGAAGUACAAAGUCAUCCGCACCUUCAGUUUCCUCAAGAGCAGGAUGUCCAACACGCGCAACAAGACCAAGGCCAAAGGGAAGAAGGACAAACAGAACCCCCAUCGCUUCUCCACUGGCUCCUGUCUGGGCCCUGUCAUGUGUGUGGUGUGCGAUAAGCCCGCCUUUCAGAAAGACCUUCUGCAUUGCCCCACCUGCACCGCCACGGUCCAUAAAAGCUGCAAGGAGUCAGUGCCGCCAUGUUUAAAGAAACUGCAGGAGAAGAACACGGUUGCCAUGGUGAAGAGCAGGACGGCAUCCCUCCCGCAGAAUUUCACGGUGAGAGAGAGUCCUCCUCAAAGUGGGACGCCCCCCGCCAACCCUUCAGCCGCCAUCACUUUCAAGGACGCCUGUGACGGUCGACUAAGCGAGAGUUCCGAGUCUGAGAUGGACACCUGUAAGGUGAGCUGUCAAUCAGAAGACCUCCAGGCGACUUCCUCCGUCUCCAGCGAGUGGACCCCGGCAGAAGAAUACAGCGACCUCGCCGCCGACGCCGAAGAGUACAAGGCAGAGUCGUGGAGUUUGGCGGUGGAGCACAAGUUCUACAAGAAGCAGGACAGACGAGUGGCCAAGAGACAGGACGUCAUCUACGAGCUGAUGCAGACGGAGCUUCACCACCUCCAGACGCUGCACAUCAUGGCCCGGGUGUUCCGCAGAGGCAUGCGGGAGGAGGUGCAGCUCGACGCCGAGGCGGUGGAGCGCAUCUUCCCGUGUCUGGACCAGCUGGUCCUCCUCCACCACGCCUUCUUCACCGCCAUGAAGGAGCGGCGGCAGCGCUCGGCACAGCCCCAGGAAGACAGGAACUACCUCAUCCAGCGCAUAGGAGAUGUGCUGCUGCAACAGUUUUCAGGCGAGGGCGGGGAGAAGAUGCGCCACGUUUACGGGGAAUUCUGCAGCCGACACAACGAAGCCGUGGCGUGGUUCAAAGACCUCCUGCAGAACAACAAGAGAUUCCUGAACUUCAUCAAGCAACAAGGUGUUAACUCCUUGGUGCGACGGAGGGAGAUCCCAGAGUGCAUCUUGCUGGUCACACAAAGGAUCACUAAGUAUCCCGUGCUGCUGGAGAGGAUCCUCCAGUACACGCAAGGGGACACCCGGGAGCACGCCGACCUGUACGCAUCACUGGCGCACAUCCGCGAGCUGAUCACGGCCGUGGACGUGCGCGUCAGCGAGUACGAGCGGCGCCAGCAGCUGCGGGAUGUGUGGAGCCGCACGGAGAGCCGCAGCACGGCCAAGCUGAAGAACGGGCGGACCCUCCGCAAGCAAGACAUGAUGGGGCAGACGCUCAAGCAUCAGGGGGCGCUGCUGUGGAAGACGGCCACGGGGAGACUCAAAGAUGUCCUGGCUCUCCUGCUUACAGACUCCCUGGUCUUCCUGCAGGAGAAGGACCAGAAGUACUCUUUCGCCACUGUAGACCAGAAGCCGCCCGUCAUCAGCCUGCAGAAGCUAAUCGUGCGGGAGGUGGCCAACGAGGAGCGAGGCAUGUUCCUUAUUAGCGCCUCGGCCGCCGGGCCCGAGAUGUACGAGGUCCACGCGGCGUCCAAGGAAGAGCGUAACGCCUGGAUGAGGCUGGUCAGAGAGGCGGUGGAGAGCUGUCCGGAAGAGGAGGACGACUACAUGAGCGAGUCUGAAGAGGAGAAGCGGGUUGCAGAGGCUCGCUUUCAGAAGGUCCAGAAAAUACAAGAGAGCCUAAUGAGCCAGGACCAGCAGAUCUGCUCCAGCCUGGAGGAAAAGCUCCAGAUGUACGCGGCGCUCUCGGCCCUCAGCGGGAAGGCGGAUGCGCCGCUCGACGAGCCGCUGCUGCUCGUGCGCCCGUGCCCCGACGAGCCGCCGCAGGCCGGCGUGCUGCUGGCAGCCGCCAUGCAAGAAGCCGAGAAUCUGAAGGCCACCUUGAAGUCCAGAACUCCGUCCGUGCGCAGCUGGGACUCUGGCAGAGACUCCGCCUCUCUCGUCAGUCCCGUGACACCCACAGCGCCGCCCUCUAACCACCAGGCUUCACCCGAGGAGCCCGCUAAGGGGUGUUGGACGAAGACCACUGAGCUUCUAUCGCCCACUUACUUGCAAGGAACAAACAAGGACUUAAAGAUUGCUCGCAGUGUCCAGAGCCUCACGCAGCUGCUCUACAGCCUGCAGGCGGCCGUGACCAUCCAGGACAGCUGCCACGAGCUCCACAGGCUCCUCCUCGGAGGAGACGGCCGCACUUCGCCUCGCCGUCAAGGCCUGCAAGAACAGGAGAAACAGCGCCACCUGGAGAAGAGGAAGGAGGAGGCGGUCUCCACCCGGCGCCUACAGGAGCGCCUCCGGCAGGACCGCGAGCGCUGGGAGCGGGAGUGCCACGCCCGGGAGAGCCGGCUGGGGGAGAAGGAGAGCUGCGUGGGGGAGAGGGAGCGGCAGUGCCACCUGGAGGCGGAGAGGCUGAGGCGCGAGCGGGAGGAGCUGGACGAUCAGCUGGAGGAGUACCGGCAGAACCUGGAGAGGCUCCGCGAGGGCCAGGGGAGCGUGGAAAAGGAGCGGGAGCGGCUGGAGAACCGCAGGAAGCUCCUCCAGACGUGGAGUCACAUCCCUCACAUGCUCAUCCCUCUGGACGGCCAGCAGGACUCCUGCGGACACGCUGGAAACGGUUCGGUUUUCGUGAACGAGGCGGCGCUGGCCGGUGGCGUAGGGGGGGAAGGAGGCCUGGGGGGCCUGAACAACCGCUGCCGCAAAGGCAGCGACGCCAGCGCACACAACUGCCUCAACGCCUUGCUGGCCAGGUCCAACAGCAGACAGCCCGCCACGGACAAGACCACCACCAGCAGUAGUCCGGACUUGGACAGCCAGCAAUGGAGGACGGGGCGGGGCUACCAAGCGGGGCUGGACACGCCUUCUGAUGGCAGCUGCCCCUCCCGCCCUUCCGACUCGCAACUGGACCUCAGCCACCUGGUUUCCAUGGAGACGGACAGCAGAGACGAGGACGUCCCGGAGGAGAGCAUCGUGUACCUCUGAAACGAGGACCAUCAUGGACCUUUCACAAAGUAUUUAUUGGUGUUUUAUUGUUUUAAGGCCCUGCAGACUGUUUUAUAUUCAAGGCGUGUCUUUAAAAGUGUGUCUUUGUGUGAGCUAUAGUAGGUUCCUGCAGGCUCUUUGCGCUCCCCCUGCUAGUCAGCGCCCGUUUAUGGGGUGCCGAAUGGAAACAUUCAGUCACACUUUUCUAGCAGAUAUUUUGAACAUUCAGCUCACUUUUCUCACAUUUCAGCUUUAACAUUUAAAAUGAUAUUUAACAUUUAAAUUCAACAUGUAGAUUUAGAUUAAACAUUUAGCUUUUACAUUUAGAUUUAGAUUACACAUUUAGCUUUAACGUUUCUAUUUAGAUUAAACAUUCAGCUUUAACAUUUAGAUUUAAAAUUUAACAUUUAGGUUUAACAUUGAGAUUCAGGUUAAACAUUUGGCUUUAACUUAGAUUUAGAUUAAACAUUUGGCUUUAAUAUUUAGAUUGAGAUUAAACAUUUGGCUUUAACAUUUAGAUUUAGAUUAAACAUUCAGCUUUAACAUUUAGAUUUUAAAUUUUACAUUUAGGUUUAAUAUUGACAUUCAGGUUAAACAUUUGGCUUUAACUUUUAGAUUUAGAUUAAACAUUUGGCUUUAAUAUUUAGUUAGGUUUAACGUUUAAAAUGUAGCUUUAACGUUUAGAUGUUUAUUCAACAUUUGUAUUUAAUGGCAAGAUUUAACAUUCAGCUUUAACUUUUAGAUUAAACAUUCAGGUUCAAAUGCAGCAUUUA